GCUUCGAUCUCCGCGCGCGUGUCGUUUACACGAGCUUUUCCGCUUACCUAAAACUUUCGAAACUUUUUCACGUCGUCAUCAAAGCCAGUGUUCUUGUUGGUGAUUCGUUAAUGAGAAAACUUAUUGGAUUUUAAACUGUGCUUGUGGAAUGUUAAUAUUGUUUGAGCGAUGCGGUGGUGGCGGUGAGCAGUGAGCGGGCAUGCAGGAUGAGCACGGGCGGGAGACGCGCGCCCGGUCGGACUGUUUUCAUCGCACUCAUACAGAUCAUCACUAUUAUAUGCCAAGUUCUAACGGAGGAGCCUCGUUUCUCGGAGCCCAUCCCGAAUGUGACGGUUGCGCUCGGUCGUGAUGCGAACUUACCCUGUGUAGUGGAACAUCUUGGCAAUUAUAAGGUAGCAUGGAUUCAUAUAGAUCGUCAAAUGAUUCUAACCAUACAUCGUCAUGUUAUCACGCGUUUGGCGCGCUUCAGCGUGUCGCACGACAACGCCAUGACGUGGCUGCUGCACGUCACCCAGGUGCAGCAAGAGGACCGCGGCUACUACAUGUGUCAAGUUAAUACCAAUCCCAUGAUAAGUCAAGUGGGCUACCUACAAGUUGUUGUCCCUCCCAAUAUCCUAGACGAGGAAAGCACCCAAUCAGCUGUAGCAGUGCGUGAAAACCAAAAUAUAAGCCUGGUGUGCAAGGCCGAUGGUUUCCCCACUCCGAAGAUUAUGUGGAGACGAGAGGAUGGCCAACCUAUCUCUGUUGAAAGGAGAAAGAAAGUCACCGUGUACGAAGGAGACACUCUUUCCCUGCAACGCAUCAGUCGCACGGAGAUGGGAGCCUACCUGUGUAUAGCCACCAACGCCGUUCCCCCUUCUGUCUCCAAGAGGAUCAUCGUAGACGUUGAAUUCUCGCCAAUGAUUUGGGUGCCUAACCAGCUGGUUGGGGCUCCGGCUGGCACUGACGUCACGGUGGACUGCCACACCGAGGCCCAUCCCAGAGCAAUCUCUUACUGGGUCUAUGAUAACGUAAUGGUGCUCCCUACGAAGAAGUACGCCAUCAACACAGAGGAGAAUUCAUAUCGGGCCCACAUGAAGCUAACGGUGCGCAACCUUCAGGGAGGUGACUUUGGAAAUUACCGCUGCAUCUCAAAGAACUCCCUCGGGGAGACCGAAGGCUCUAUCAGGCUCUACGAAAUUCCUAUGCCGUCAACGUCUCCAAAGGCUACCGAGAUGAAGAGUACAGCGAACAAAGAAAGCGUACGUCGCGCGAAUGUAACGCGAUCGUCGGUUCGUGAGCGUGAGCGUGAGCGUGAGACGGCGAGCGCGACGGAGCGGCCGAGCGUGGUGCGCGCACAACUCGACCGCGCGCCUGCGCCCGGCACUGCCCACGUCUACCGCGCUCAUCCGCACCACGACUCAGGUUCGAACAAGGUGCAGUGUUGGCGACAAUCUUUCCUGGCUCUCAUCGUUCUCGUCCAGAUAGAUUUCUUUGCCGAUAUCUUAAUUUGUACAUGAACAUGUUGGAAUUCCAUAUAAUUUUAAAUUAAUUGUUUAAAUCUGAUUAAAAGUAAAUAUGGGGUAUUCUAUUUGUUGAAUUGUAUUAGUAAUCAAUUUUCGAAAAUUAACAUAUCAUAAAACCCCUUUGUGAAUAUUCCGAUUGAAAUUUUUAUAUUUUCAAAAUCGAAUGGUGUGUCGUAUAAGGUAGCUAUUUUCAAUUUUAAUAUUUCUCUGUAUUCUUUUAUUGAUAGUUUUGGUCAAAGCUUUAAUUUAAUAUUUUAACUAAGAUUGUUGAAUGAAUUACUAGUAAGAAAUUAAAUUUAUCCGACUCGUAUAUUAUCGAUAGCAUUGUCGAUUGUCGUUGUGCAGAAACAAAUCUUCAAAAUACAUUUUUGCAUAGUGUCAAUAAAUUUUUCGUCAAACCGGCCCGCUCCACGUAGCUUCGGUUGUCUUUGGUCAAUUAAUUAAUAAUUAAUUGUGAAAUAUUACAUUUAUUGCUACUUAAAUUCCCUUUCGUGUAAUUGUCCUUCGAUCGUCUUUAUCUGAAAUUAUAAUAAUUAAUUGUGUCGGCCCGCUUCGCCUUAUGUGUAAAGUGAUUAGUCCGAUUAGAUCUAUACGUGCCAAAGAUAACUUAUAAUUUAUAUUAUUAUAAUCUAGUUUAAUUAUAUAUUAACAUCUCAUUAAGUUUAAUCGAUGUAAUGCGUGCUGACUUUGCAAUUACUUAAAGUAUUAAAUAGUCAAAACAAAUAAAUUUUAUGCAUAUAUCUCAACCGAGUAAUUGUAUGCCAGCACGUUAUGGCAUACAUACACAUAGUAAUGGUAAUAAAAAUAGCAUUUUAACAUUAGUUAGUGAUUCUCGAAAGUAAUUAUCGAAGCUUGCCCUUCACGCUCGUUCAAUGUAAAUAUAAAUUAAAAACUAAUGCACAUAAGAAACAAUUAAUCAUAUCAACUUAUUGAUUUACAUAGAUGUAUUUGAUGUACAAAUCUUUGUUUUGACGAAUGUAUCAAUAGGUUAACUACGAGCCGAUACGGCGUUGGAUGUAAAUAAAGUGAAUAAAUUAGUAUAAAAGA